AGUUCAACACUUCCUGUUCAGUGCUAGAGCAGAGCAGAACUCCUACAAAAUAGCAGCGAUUGAAUAUUCUCCUUAAAUUUUAGUUACACAUAUUUUACGACAUGGACAUAGUAAAGGACAAACAGAGCGAUGAGCUGCUAAAACGCAUCCAAAACGAACUGACGGCCAUUCUAGCGGAAGAGGCAAAAGAUCCUGAACGAAAGUUGUCGUAUGAAACACUAUUGAGGCCCAAUCCGCUGCCCAUAUUUGGUGCCGGAAAGCAAGCAAACGGGAAGCCAAAGAAGUCCGUGACAUUCCCCAAACAGCCCGCACACAAGCGGGAGGAGGGCGCAAAGUCAGCAGAGGCACGCCUCGCUAGUGGUGAUGCUCAGAAAAAGGAGUCGGAUCCAUCGACAUCAUCUUCUUCGGCGUCGCUCAAGGCUGCGCUCGAGACCGGCCAGUGGGAUGUCCCGCCCACGGAUCGCACUCUUCGAGCCGAGUUCAUGGACUCGUCGGCGGCCAAGAGCAUCGACGUAGACCUGCAGAAGGUGCAGCUAGAGCUGAAGCAAAGCUACGAGCUGUUCCAGGGCAUAGGCGAGAAGUUCCAGUCGAUCAACUUCAGCGGUCUCAAGAGCCGCAUACGCGACUUGCACCUGAACAGCUCCACCAACGAGAUGGGCAAGGUGUCCACCAAUGAGUUGCAGAAAGUGUUCGACGCCCACUACGUGAAGAAUAGCCUGGACAAAUUGACUACGGACGUGAGCCAAGGCUUCCGCCGCCACCCCGGGGAGUUUGGGGACAUUCCGGAGCUGAGUACGUUCUUCCAGGCCUGCACGCAGCUGGAGCACGGUCUGGACGCACUGAAGCAGCAGCGCCGGCGCAGCAACGAGCUGGAGAAGCGCCUCUGCUGGGCCACGGAAAUUGCAUACGAUCGCAUGGACGAGAUACGCAAUGCGGUCGGCACCAAGCCAGAAUCCAAUUUUUAAACUCCAUUUUACUCAUUCGAUGACGUUGGCCCCUGCGACAUGAUAACGUUAUGAGCAAUGUUCAUUUUGGUUCUUUAUUUUAUCAAAAAAAA